AUGGCGAAUCCACGCUUAACUGUCAACCGUGCUCUCAUAUACGAGCGCCGACUGCCCGGCGAUGCAUAUAUCACCGCGCACGUCCAGCGUCUUCAGCAUGGUUUUUACUCCAGCGCCGCCGUCUCGGACGAGGACGCCGAAUACGUAGAUUUUCUCGCCAUUGCAUUCACCUUUCAUUCACCGCACACUAUCACACACCGCAUCAAGUCCGCCGCUAUUAGUGUAUCCGUUUAUGGAAACCGUGAUCUUUCAAGUCCGAAGUCGGACCCUUAUAGAUAUCCACCUGGCAACCCGCGCUUCCUUAUGCAUGCGCCGCACCUGCUUUACGGCAGUGUUUCCCCGGAGACCAUGGAGUGGACAUUCAGUCUGGCUGGGUCCCUCGGAAUCUCGGAACUGCCUAUCAAUGCAAGCGUCAUUCCCUCGGGGAGCCUCAACGGCCGGUACAAACGGUACGAGAUGAUGCGCGUCCAAGGCUCGGCGCGUACUUUGAAGAACCCAGCUGGCCGCGAAUUCGAUGUCGAAGCUGGCAAAAUCGUCUGGUCCAUGGAAGAGAACAAUGUCCAGCGAUCCGGUCUGCCGCGCGAGUUCACCUUUGUCAUGUUGAUCCAGAAACCCACAGCAAAUAGCAAAAUUUCCCUGUCGAUUGACGUCGACCCCGUCAUCGAUGCGAUGAUUGGCAGUUACCCAUCCUUGCUGCUGAAACUACCCGAGUACCAACCUCUGCCGCGCCGGGGUGUCAACUUCCAACAAGAAGUUGGACAGCGGUUUGAGCCCGUGGACCCGGUGCGCGGGUUCAACUUUGCAAAACUCGACAGCAUGUUCGAUGAGUACAUCGCCAUGCCAGGAAGGAAGUUCAGCCGUCAGAUCCAAAUCCCAACUGAGACCGGCAUCCCUGACAAUCACUUCCAGGGCACCUACCCAGGACAGUACGGGCCUCUCAACCCAAUCCCGUACCAACAACAACUGCAGACCCACAACCUGGCUCUGCAGAACAACAGCCUCUCCCUUCAGAACAACCUCCUGCAGACAACCCUACAAAAUCUCUGGGCCACCCAGCCUAGGGGGGAAGAAAUUCAAUCCCGCCCGCAGCAGGUAUACCCGCAGAAUCAAAACCAAAACCAAGGCCAAGGCCACUCCUCCCUCCAAACCCCUCACCCUCACCCAGCACGAACAACCUCCUCUACCAUCCCCCAAACAGCCACCAUAACCAUCCCCCUCAACCUCCACCUCCACCUCGACCCCACAACCACCCACCUCACCAACCUAGCACAAUCAAGUCCAGGCCCCUCCCCCCAUCCACCGCGCCGCACACCAAGCCUACGACGCACACAAGCGCGGGAAUUCCCCACGCGCGCGGCGGGCGGACCAUCAAAAACUACCUCCACAAACUCCUCGCCAAGUCUGACAGACUCGAUGAUCCCGCACACAGGCGUAAGUUCACAGCGGCGGGACCGUACUCUUUCGGAGAUUACGGGUGGGGAUGGGGAUGGGGAUGGUGCUGGUGCUGGUGCUGGUGCUGGUGCUGGUGGUGCGCGUGGGCAUCGGAAGGUUAUGAGUAUGGCAAACUCGCCGCUGGGGUCUUUGGUUGGGUUGGAUGACAGGUAG